CUCAUUUAUCGUUGCGAUGCCAUGCCCAGCGGGGGGAAGACCCGGCAUGGCCCUCGCCUUCUGCCUCGUGUGCUCACCUUCUCAGCUACAUUUUGACGAAUUGGCUUCAAUUCUUCAUUUAACCCUUGAUGGAUUGCAUCGUCUCAUAGUUGUCUUCGCUUUCGCUGGUGGCGGCCUAGCGGCAUCAAGUGGGUGUUUGGUGCCGACUUCUCUGGUGCUGCUAGCAACAACUUGGCGUUCAGCAGACGUUGCUGACACCAACAGUGAAACUUUGGAGUAUGUGCUGAAUUUGGUUGGUGGAUUUGUAUUCGGAGCAACAGGUUACCUGACCGUUCAUACCAUGCAAAAACUAUGUAGUUCGCAUCGACGUGGUCUUCAAUUACAGGUUUUUAUGGGUCCAAUAGGCUUUGUCUAUGGUAUUGGACUGUGUUGGCUGUUCGGCUGGCAGUUCGUUUUGCCAUCGACAUGGAAAGAUGCUUAUUACAUUGUGCCAAACACAGUCGCCAUAUGCCUUCUUAUACAAGCAGAAAAGUAUAGAGCGUAUUGGGCGUAUCUAGAAACAGGAAGCUACCCGGGCCUUCUUGUUAGCAGGAGCGUCAAAAGCUUUAAAAAAGUCAAGGACUUGCCUCUUAAAUUUACCUUGAUGGAUUUUGCAGGAGAUACUGUCUAUCACUGCACACAUCAUCUGUUUUUAUCCAAUCUUUCAAUUCACCUGAUUGUCUUCAACAUGGAAAGAUUAGACCAGCAGCCAGACUAUAUCAGACGUAUUUGCUACUGGAUCCAGUCUGUGGUAGUUCACGUGCAUAACCCCACUCCGCACAUCUUCAUUGUUGGAACACACUCAAGCAGCUUGCAGGUAGAAAGAAUGAAGUUUCUAUCCAGUAAAGUAAGCAAGGCAUUGCUUAGUAAUGAAAAAUUUACGCAGUCCAUAGUGGAGAAACCGGGCAGCAAAAAUGAUGUUGUGUUCUGCGUGGAAAACUCCAUACCCCUUCGCAAGGAUACACAGGCCCGUCUCCUUCGAAAAACCAUCAUGGACGUCGCCUCUUCAACCUUCCAAUCGAAGAGACAAGUUCGUAUCAAGUGGCUUAAAGUCAGUGACUUCGUCAGCAGGUACAAAUCCAGUUGUACAGACACGUGUCUCGUAGACAAAUGUACCUUGUUUGACAAGUUGAGACAGGAAGGUGUUAUUGAGGCUGAAGAGAUGGGAGAAGAAUUUGAAGAGAUGCUGAAGUUUUACGACGAAAUCGGAGAGAUCAAGGUCAUGGAUGAUGUUGUAGUCUUGAAUCUGCAAGCUUUGGUUCAGCUUGUGAUAGAGCUCAUGGAGCUUGAUUGUGAUAACCAUGAGAUUGGAAUCGUCCAUGUUAACUUUCUGCGCAGAGUAUGGAAAUUCAUGACAGUGGAGAAUUUCCUUUCCACGAUCGCACUGUUCGAGAAAUAUGACAUUAUCUGCCCGAUUUCACAAGAGCAGUUUCUCGUGCCCUUGCUUCUUGAGACUUGUGAUGAGACCACGGCGAAAAAAGACAAGCAAGAGGAAUCAGAUAAUGGUACUCCCGCAUUCUGGGACAGAUCAGAUUCGGACACGGUCGUAUACUUCAAAUUCUGCAAGUUCUACCCCGAGGCCAUCUUUCUGCGUCUGCUUGCCCGAUGUCUGUCAAUAUCACAGAAAACUCACGACCUUGGCCGUGGUGCUGACCGAGAUGUCUACAGAAACGUGGGCAGAUUCUACCAGGGACAUGAUUUCUACUACAAGAUCGAGCUCGUGUGUGAACCCCUGGAGCAGAACAUGAUCCAGGUCACAGUCAAGUGUGCUCCAAACAGAGGUCCUCAUUCUCUACUGUCCAGACUUCACAAGGACUUACAGCAGAUCCGAGACAGGGACUUCCCUUACCUGAACUACACAGUGGGGCUUCCAUGUCCAGCCUGCAGUACAUCCAAUGACAGGAAAGGAGAGAAUCAGCUUGUUCCUCCACACAUCCUAAGGAUAGCAGGACAUGACGAAGAGCUCCCAUGCCCUGGACAGAAAGCAUCUCUGCUUUGUCGAGGUAAAGCCUUUGAGGUCGACCUGGGAAAAUCUCAAGCAACGCUGAAUGCUGCCCCGCUGUCGAAGAUUGGAGAAAGCAACAAAACGUCUGAGCAAAAAAGUGUUAGUGGUUUCCUGAACCACAGCACCAUCCAGCACCUGUCCAUCCUCCUGGACCCUCCCGCACCCAUCUUUGGGAACAACUGGAGGGCGCUGGCUGACGAACUGGGGCUGUGCUUCCAGGACAUCUGCUACAUCGAGACCAAGCACAACCCAACUGAGAAGGUUCUAGAAAUGUAUGCUACAAAUACACCAACACCAAGUGUGCAACAAGUACACAAAGCCUUGAUGGACAUUGAUAGGCUAGAUGCUGCUGGACUUAUUGACUCUGUUUCAGAUCAUAAACCUCCAACAAAAUGAGCAGAGGAUGCCCCUGUCUGGAUGACCAUAUCUAUAUUGUAGAUCUAACAUACAGUAUUCAAGUUUGUAAUGGAUUUGUGUUGUGCUAUUAAAAAAAAAAUGUUUGUGGGGUUGUUGUAACUAUGUACAUGAAGAACACUACUUCUCAAAUUUGUUGCACUGGGCAUCUACUGUAAUGGUGUUCUGUUAUUAACAUUGGUAAAGAGCUGGUAUGAUUUUAAUAAAUAAAUGACUAAGCCAAUCAUUAAGUAAAUUUGGUGACUUAUUUAUUUGACGUAUUUAUUUGACUCAAAUAUUGAUCAUUGCCCGUGUUCUAUAUAUUAUACUCCAAACAUUUCAACCUGAACAGUUCCUGAAGUUGCAUUUUGUAUAAAGAUGUACAAAAACCAUGUCUAUUUUAUUU